GAAUGAUUUCGAGCUGAUUGUAAGAGAUAAACUAUUUUUCAUAGGAUGUUGCAUGGCAUUGUACACAUCCAACUAUAUUUGGUUCUGCAGGUGAUGAUAAAAAAUUAAUGAUAUAAGUAUUUGAUCAUUUGUCUAUUAUUUUAAAUUUUGAAUUUUAUUUCAAUUUGGGAUACAAGACCAAAUAAUUAUGCAAAACCAGUCGUAUAGUUGAUGCACAUUCAGCUGAAGUUAAUUGUGCAAGUAAUAAUUAUUUAAUUUAUUUAUAAUAGAUUGAUUUUUGUCUACUAGCUUUCUUUUACUCUAUUCUCAAAAUAUAUUCUUAUAACUGGUUCAGCUGAUCGAACACUUGCUUUAUGGGAUUUAAGAAAUUUAAGAGUUAAAUUAGCUACAUUUGAAUCUCAUAAAGAUGAAAAUUUUCAAGUACAAUGGUCACCUCAAAAUGAAACUAUUUUUGCAUCAAGUGGUUCUGAUCGACGACUUCAUAUAUGGGACUUAAGUCGAAUUAAUCAACCACAAACACCAUCUGAAUUUAUCCACGGUGGUCAUGUCGCUAAAAUUUCCGAUUUUUCAUGGAAUCCGAAUGAACUAUUUGUCAUCUGUUCUGUAUCGGAAGAUAAUAUGGCUCAAGUUUGGCAAAUUGGUGAACAAGUAUAUAAUGAUGAUAUUGGUAUGGAUGCUAUAUCUGGUGAUCGAUGA